AAAUUAUUAAAUUACUUCAUCAAACCUUUUGACAAAUAUAUCACAGAUGUUGUGAUUUUAAAGAUUCUAUAUGUAAUUAUCAUGAUCCUCCAAAGUGCAUCCUCGUUUAUAUGGUUUCUACUGAACUUCCUGUAUGGCGGAUGUGUAUCCAUUAUGAGGCAUGAAUUCUCAAAAUUCAACAAGGCUUUUAAGGAAUAUGUGGAAAAGGCAUCUGGAAUUCCCGAUGAGCAGUUUGAACAGUUGCGAUACCGCCAUCAACAACUCUGUGAACUAAUCAAUAUUUUGGAUGAUAUUUUUGCGCCAUAUGUGGCCUUGACCUUUGCAAUAUGUAUACCAACAAUUUGCUUGACAAUAUACAUAUUGUUUACUGGAUAUCCUGAUGGAGUUACAUUUGUAUCCAUUGUAAUUAUGGCGAUAUUCAACUUAGCUCAGAUAUGCUACAUAACGACCCAUGGGGCACUCCUAAAUCAUUAUGCCCACUAUUGUGUGGAUGAUGUGUACAAGAUGAGACUGGGUGGAAUCAAACAGGACUUGGUCCAAUUAGUACAAAUCUUCACGCAAAGACUGACAGGGAGUCCUAUAGGAAUCACAUGUUGUUCACUUUUUGCACUGGACAAGCCCACAAUUCUUACAUUACUUGGCACAGUGGUCACCUA